GGUCACACUAAUUCCGAUCAACGCGCUGAGCGAAACGCUUGUGUUAAAAGUUAUAAUUUUUUGCGAUUUAAGGCCGCGAAAAGCCAGCAAUCUGCAUGCCAAGUGGAUAUUAAAGAACUAGCCAAGUGAUUGCGUAGCAAAAAAGCCGGAUAGCCGAUUUUAUUUAAUGUUUAAUCCGUGGCAGCACAGCAACAAGUGGCAAAAAGCAAAGGCAAAACCAAAAGCAACAACUAAAUAAGUAAGAUUUAAAACACCGAAAGAAAAACUUAAACCAAAAAGCAUAAAAGUGUGUUGAAGCAGCUUGUUUUUUUUGUGCCAGCGUCGCGCAAUAAAACAAACAAAAAGCCAGAGACCAAAAACAACAACCACAACAAAAGCCGUUUGAUCGCGAGUGUGUUUGUGUGUGCCUGUGUGAGUGGCAAACCAUUAUUUUUCUGGUCUUAUGACGUAAACCACCGAAAAAAAUCAAAAGUGAGCAGGCGACACAGAUAUCAAAACGAAGAAUGUCUCGUCACGAGAAAGGCAAAUCUACGGGUGGCGGGCUCCUGGAUAGUCUCUUCGGAAGACCCUCAAAAUCCAAAGGUGGAACAAUCAGCAGUGGAACUUUAACCCAUGGCGGGCGACCCGUAUCAACGGAUAAUUAUGUGGUGCCGGGCGUGGAGGAUUUUGAGCAGUAUAUCCAGCAGCUUUCCGUUGCGGAGCUGGAUGCCAAAUUCCUGGAGAUCAUAGAGGAUAUGAACAUACCCAAGGAUAAGAGGGAGCCCCUGUUGGCUAAAUCCAAGGAGGAGCGCCAAAAGAUGAUUAUGUGGCACUUAAAAGGUAAAAACUCACUGGAGCGUAGCGCCAAUUCCCGGUUCGAGAAGCCCAUUGACUACGUGGAAUAUCUGCAGAAUGGGGAGCACAGCACGCACAAAGUGUACCAGUGCGUGGAAUCUCUGCGCGUGGCGCUCACCAGCAAUCCGAUCUCGUGGAUCAAGGAAUUCGGGGUGGCGGGCAUCGGGACAAUUGAAAAGUUGCUGGCCAAGUCGAAGAAGGAUUCCAGCUAUGAGAAGAUUGAGUUCGAGGCGAUUCGCUGCCUGAAGGCCAUCAUGAAUAAUACGUGGGGCUUGAAUGUGGUGCUCAAUCCGGAUCAGCAUAGUGUGGUGCUGCUGCUGGCACAAUCCCUGGAUCCCCGCAAGCCGCAGACCAUGUGCGAAGCCCUCAAACUGCUGGCCUCCUUCUGCAUUGUCUACGAGCGUAAUGGCUACGAGAAGGUGCUGCGAGCUAUUACCACAAUAGCAGCCACAUCCUUCAAGGCUAGCGAACGAUUCCGACCCAUAGUGGAUGCCUUGUUUCAGGAUCAACAAGAUCCCAAACGAGAGUUGGCCUGUCACAGUUUGAUUUUCAUUAAUACUCUCACAAACACCCCCACGGACUUGAAUUUCCGACUGCAUCUGCGAUGUGAGAUAAUGCGGAUGGGUCUGUACGAUCGCCUCGAGGAGUUUACCAAAAUCGUUGAGACCAGCAAUAAUGAGGCAUUGCAGCAGCACUUCAAGAUCUUCAACGAGAUUCGGGAGGAUGAUUUCGAGGAGUUUGUGCAGCGCUUCGAUAACGUCACCUUCAACAUGGACGAUGCCACGGAUUGCUUCGAUGUGCUGAAGAACCUGGUGACUGACACCACUUCCGAACCCUACUUCCUGUCCAUCUUGCAGCACUUGCUCUAUAUCAGGGAUGAUUUCUAUUUCCGACCUGCCUAUUAUCAACUGAUUGAGGAGUGCAUCUCGCAGAUUGUCUUCCACAAGGGCUACUGUGAUCCGAACUUUGAGAACAGGAACUUUAACAUUGACACCUCACUGCUGCUCGACGAUAUUGUAGAGAAGGCCAAGGCCAAGGAGUCGAAGCGAUCGGAGGAGUACGAGAAGAAGAUCGAGCAGCUCGAGAGCGCCAAGCAGGAGGCGGAGGCGAAGGCGGCCCAUCUCGAGGAGAAGGUCAAGCUGAUGGAGGCUAACGGUGUGGCGGCUCCCUCGCCCAAUAAGCUGCCCAAAGUGAAUAUACCCAUGCCGCCGCCACCGCCAGGAGGAGGAGGUCCACCUCCUCCACCUCCGCCCCCCAUGCCGGGCAGAGUUGGUGGGGGGCCACCGCCUCCUCCGCCACCUCCCAUGCCGGGAAUGGCUGGUGGACCGCCUCCACCUCCUCCCAUGCCAGGAAUGGGAGGCCCACCGCCUCCACCCAUGCCUGGCAUGAUGCGCCCGGGCGGCCCUCCACCGCCGCCCAUGAUGAUGGGCCCCAUGGUGCCGGUGCUUCCUCAUGGUCUGAAACCGAAGAAGAAGUGGGAGGUCAAGAAUCCCAUGAAGCGGGCCAACUGGAAGGCUAUUGUUCCCGCAAAAAUGUCCGAUAAGGCGUUCUGGGUCAAGUGCCAGGAGGAUAAGCUGGCCCAGGAUGAUUUCCUUGCCGAACUGGCCGUUAAAUUCUCCUCCAAACCCGUGAAGAAAGAGCAAAAGGAUGCGGUGGACAAGCCGACGACGCUGACCAAGAAAAAUGUCGAUCUGCGUGUGCUGGACUCAAAGACUGCCCAGAAUUUGGCCAUCAUGUUGGGAGGAUCGCUGAAGCACCUAUCGUAUGAACAGAUCAAGAUUUGCUUGCUGCGCUGCGACACCGCCAUCCUGUCCUCCAAUAUCCUGCAGCAACUUAUUCAGUACCUGCCGCCGCCAGAGCAACUUAAGCGUCUGCAGGAGAUCAAGGCCAAGGGAGAACCACUCCCACCCAUUGAGCAAUUUGCAGCCACGAUAGGGGAAAUCAAACGUCUUUCGCCGCGUCUUCACAACCUUAACUUUAAGCUAACCUAUGCGGAUAUGGUUCAGGAUAUUAAACCCGAUAUUGUGGCAGGAACGGCAGCUUGCGAAGAGGUGCGGAAUAGCAAGAAGUUCUCCAAGAUCCUGGAACUCAUCCUCCUGCUCGGCAACUAUAUGAACUCGGGCUCCAAAAACGAGGCCGCCUUUGGUUUUGAGAUCAGCUAUCUCACCAAGCUGUCCAACACAAAAGAUGCGGACAAUAAGCAGACACUGCUGCACUAUCUGGCAGAUCUUGUGGAAAAGAAAUUCCCAGAUGCCCUGAACUUCUACGAUGAUCUAUCGCAUGUGAAUAAGGCGUCGCGUGUUAACAUGGAUGCCAUCCAAAAGGCGAUGAGACAGAUGAAUUCGGCGGUAAAGAAUCUGGAAACUGAUCUGCAGAACAACAAGGUACCGCAGUGUGAUGAUGACAAAUUUAGCGAGGUGAUGGGCAAGUUUGCCGAGGAAUGCAGGCAGCAAGUGGAUGUGCUGGGCAAAAUGCAGCUGCAAAUGGAGAAGCUGUACAAGGAUCUCAGCGAGUACUACGCCUUCGAUCCCACCAAAUACACCAUGGAGGAGUUCUUUGCGGACAUCAAGACCUUCAAGGAUGCCUUCCAAUCGGCGCACAACGACAAUGUGCGGGUGCGCGAGGAGCUGGAAAAGAAGCGUCGUCUGCAGGAGGCACGCGAACAGUCGGCACGGGAGCAACAGGAGCGACAGCAGCGUAAGAAGGCAGUGGUUGACAUGGAUGCUGCCCAGACGCAGGAGGGCGUGAUGGAUAGUCUCUUGGAGGCUCUGCAAACGGGCUCCGCCUUUGGGCAGCGAAACCGACAAGCCCGGCGUCAGCGUCCAGCGGGAGCGGAACGGAGGGCCCAACUCAGUCGGAGUCGGUCGCGGACGCGUGUCACCAACGGACAGCUGAUGACCCGCGAGAUGAUCCUCAAUGAGGUUCUAGGCUCCGCGUAGAAAUGAUGAAUCAAACAAUUCCCCCUCUGUACAUAUAUAAAUAGACAUCUGUAGAGAUCUAAGGGCCUAGGAUCAUUAGCUGUGUACAUCUGUGAAUCCGUGUGUGUGUGUAGCCUUGCUUACAUAUCAACGCGAUUGGCGUGUCCGAGAGAUUUAAAGAAAGUAUGGAUAGCCAGCACUUAGAACUAUUUCGACAGCCACAAAGUACUAAAUCAAUGGGCUAGUCAUAGAUCGAUUUUUGGGAACAAUAUAUUGCUGAUGAAUGGAACUCGUGGGUUAAAUUAGACAACAAAUCGGUUAAUUUCUUAUAUGUUUUAAUUAUUAUUUUAAUAUUUUUGUAAUAAAUUUGUUUACUUUUUAGCAGUUUGUAUAAACAUAAAUUCUUAAAUUUGAAAUUCGUGAGCACAAAAAGCAACAAAUAAAAAAAAUCAUUUAAACAUAUUUAAAUUGACAGAUUGGCAGGCCGAUUUUAGUUUCCAACUUAAUCUAAGUAAAUCAACCAAUUAUUCUUAAAAUAACUGUUUUUACAUUUAAAUGCCAACCAGAAAGUACAGAAAGAAUAUAUUAUAUUUGGUUUAUAAAAUGUAUAAGAGAAUGUUUUUAAGGCGCUCCUUUUAGGCACCUUCAUAUUGUGUAGCAUUUUCCACGAGUCCUGCAAUCAGAAAUGUUAAAAAAAACGUAAAAGCCUAACUAUGCUACCCCAUAUGAAAAAAAUCAUAUAUUUUUUAUACGCUUUUAUUACUGAAACUGAAAACCUGGUAACUGAUGCCUAUUCUUAUUCUAAAUACUUGUAAAAUGAAAUGAGAAACCAAUUCAGACAAUUAAUUAUCGACUGAUCUGUGUCUUGAGGUUUAAUACACACUUUAUUCCUAUUCUACUGUGGCAUGUUCCAAUAAUUUUGCUGUGCACAUCGUUUUCGAGGCACUCACUAGGGCGAGAUAUAUAUCAAAAUGAAAUUCCUUUUGUAUUUAAUUUGUUUUUAAGCGAAACUCUUUUAAAUUGUUUAUUUUAAUUCCCUUAAUCCACGCUAUACAUAACAUUGUUAAUUAAUGCCUAUAUUUUUGGACAAUGAUCGUAUAUUGAAAAUAAACUUUUACCAAAACUAUA